AUGUCUGCUUCGCUUCCCAAGACCUUCAAGAAGGCAGCCUUCACCGAGAAGGGUGGCCGCCUCAGCAUUCAGGAGGCCCAGCUGGAGGGACCUGCCAAGGGCGAGGUGCUGGUGAAGGUCGAGGCCUGCGGUGUCUGCCACUCGGACUCCUUUGUGAAGUACAACGCGUACGGCGUUGGUUAUCCCUUGACUCCUGGCCAUGAGAUCAUCGGCCGCGUGGCAGCUCUCGGCGAGGGCGUAGAUGGGUGGAACGUCGGCGACCGGAUUGGUGGGGGCUGGCACGGUGGCCAUGAUGGUAUCUGCGGGUCGUGCAAGAAGAGCCUCUUUCAGAUGUGCAGCAACAAGGCGAUCAACGGCGUGACCCGUAACGGCGGGUACGCCGAGUACGUCAACCUCCGGGCCGAAUCAGGCGUGCGGAUCCCCGAGGGCAUCGACGCAGCCGAGUACGCGCCCCAGCUCUGCGCGGGCGUAACCGUCUUCAACUCAAUCCGGCAACAAGGCGUCGGCGCCGGUGAGACGGUCGCAAUUGAAGGGCUCGGCGGCCUUGGCCACUUGGGCGUGCAGUUCGCCAACAAGUUCGGUUACCACACCGUUGCCAUCUCGCGAGGUGCCGACAAGGAGAAGUUUGCGCGCGAGCUUGGUGCGCACGAUUACAUUGACUCGACGCAAGGCCCUCCGGGGGAGGCGCUGCAGAAGCUGGGAGGUGCCGCGCUGAUUGUGACGACGAAUCCGCAUGGCGAUAAGAUUCCUGAGUUGUUGGAUGGGUUGGGCCCGAAGGGGAAGUUGUUGAUUUUGUCUGUGCAUGGUGACAUUCCCUUCAACGUGACCAAGUUGGUUGCAAAGGGGUUGUCAAUUACUUCAUGGCCUUCCGGCCACGCGACUGACAGCGAGGACACCAUCCGUUUUGUCCAGCUAGAGAACAUUAAAUGCAUGAUUGAAAAGUUUCCGCUGGAGAAGGCCAAUGAAGCUUAUGACGCCAUGAUGGACGGCAAGGUCCGCUUUAGGGCUGUUAUCAGCUUUGAGUAA